UGGGCGGGGCUUGUCGUCCAGCAGUAGUCAGAAACUCAGCUGUCAACUCUUCAAAAGAUGGCUGGAAACCAGUCUUACACUAUAGUUGAGUAUUUCGGCGGAAAUGAUGGCUAUCACUGUGGUUACUGUAAAAAUGAAAAGGGCAACUCCUCUAAUGGCAUGUGGUCUCACACCAUGACUGUACAAGACUACCAAGACUUAAUAGAUCGAGGAUGGAGAAGGAGUGGGAAAUAUGUUUAUAAGCCCAUAAUGAAGAAAACAUGCUGCCCACAGUAUACUAUCAGAUGUCAUGCACUGAAAUUCCAGCCUUCCAAAUCCCACAAGAAAAUCCUGAAGAAAAUGAACAAAUUUCUUUCCAAAGGGGAGUUACCGAAGGGACAGGAACAUGGUGAGCCGAUGGAUGCGGUAUGUGAAGAGCCUGGUCCACGAGAACCCAUUAACCUCGUUCAAUCAAUAGUGAAGUGUGCCGCUAUAAAAGAUAUUCAGCAGGAAGUACCAGAGUGCCCCACUCCCACAGAACCUCAGAAGCAGCAAGUAGAUUCCACAGCAACGGUCUCAGAAACCCCUCAGACGUGUCCAGCGUCUGUCCCAGAUGGGAGAACGGCAAGCACGGCUCCUAAACCUGGGAUUGGAGCGGAUCCUAGCCGGCCACCGUGUAGAAAGGCCAAAGACCUGAGGAAGGAGCGUCGUCUUCAGAAAGAGCAAACUAGACAACAUGCAGAAGGGGUCUCUGCAAAUUCCACUCCCAGCCAGACAAACCAAACCAAAAGCCUGGAGGAUUUCAUAAAUGAGUCAUUGCAAGAUGAUUGUUCUCAUCGCCUUGAGGUGAGGCUAGUGCGUUCCAAUCCCCCUAGUCCGCAGUUCAAAGCCUCUUUCGACGCCUCCUACCAGGUGUACAAACUCUACCAGAUGGCCAUUCACAAGGAUCCUCCUGACAAACCCUCCGAGAGCCAGGUUAGGCUAGUGCCGGUGAACUUUGAGGACCCUCAAUUUGCAGCGUCCUAUGAGCAGUCAGUGACGCUGUACGCCCGCUACCAGAUGACCAUUCAUGGUGAUGACCCCAGCGAUUGUAGUGAGAGUGAGUUCAGGAGAUUUCUCUGUGAUUCACCACUAGAGGCAGAAUUUUCUCCAGAUGGGCCCGAGGUGGGCUACGGCUCCUUCCACCAGCAAUACUGGCUGGACGGCCAGAUCGUGGCCGUGGGAGUGAUUGACAUCUUGCCGACCUGCGUGUCCUCCGUCUACCUGUACUACAACCCAGACUUUGGCUCGCUGUCCUUGGGCUCCUACUCUGCUCUCAGGGAGAUCACUUUCACCAGGCAGCUAGAGAAGCAGUCCCCCAAGCUGUGCUACUACUACCUGGGCUUUUACAUUCACUCCUGCCCCAAGAUGCGGUACAAGGGGCAGUACCAGCCUUCAGACCUCCUGUGCCCUGAAACCUACAUUUGGGCACCAAUAGAGCGAUGUGUACCCCUGCUCGACGACUCCCGCUAUGCUCGUUUCCACCAGGACCCUGAUGCAGGAGACACUCGGGCGCUGAAGGACGUGAGCAGAGCUAUGGUGCUGCACAGACGGACCGUCAUGCCCUACGCCGCCUACAGCCGCAAACGGAAGGGCGCCAGCGACGAGAAGGAGGUGCAGCAGUACGCCGGCCUGGUGGGCCAGGACUGCGCUGAGAGGAUCCUGCUCUUCCGCUCCUAGACAUGGAGCAUCAUAUCACUGCAACUUCUUAAGAUGGGGGGGGGUACGCAGUACGCACGUCCCAGCAAAGUCUGUGUUGUUUUUGUUCUGUCUUUGUGUGUCUUGUGUGUCUCUGAAAGUGCUCUCUGCCUCCUCUCCUCGUAGCCUCACCAUGCUUACCUUUGUACGUGCAGGAGCACCGCUGUAGCCCAUCACUGUCUGCUGUUUGUAUGUCACCAGCCACAUGUUGGUCUCAAGUCCGAUCAUGUUUUCAGUUCAGCUUCACGAGUCGGUGAAAACCUUUUUGCACUCUGCUACAGGCACCGGCCCCCUGAAUGUUAUUUUUAUAUGAUAAUCCACUACUUUGGACUUUUGCGCCAUGCUUUAUGGUAAACGAGCAUCUAACUUCAGCUUAAUCCAGCUCUGAUUUAUUUCAGCAUUCCCCCUCUUGAACAGCUUAUUCUGUUAUAUUAAAUUUAAGAAAAACAAAACAUCAAAGCAGUCAUGGUACACCACCAAAUUGUAAAGAUUUUAUCACUUGAGUUUAUGUGAAGCCUCUGUAUUUCAUGUUUUUGUUUGGCUUAGUUUGUUUUCUGUGGUUUUUCUCUGCUUUUUUUCUCCUUCAAACCAAAUAAAGGGGUUGAAUACUC